UAUGCUGAGCGGCUGACGUUCACUUCCUAUAGUAGACGUCAGUGCUGCGCGUCUCUCGGUCGCGUCACGCGUAGUGCCGGGCGCUAGGCAGCAGGGGGAGUAUAGCCGUGAGUCAGAGAUACUGUAUCUUGGGACAGGUGAGCAGAACCCGGUCCCGCAGCCUCCCUACCUGACUGACCGCCUACUGUUGCUGCUAUCCCAGCCAUAGCCGCCUGUUGUCCAGGAGCCGGUCACUGAUACUUUCGAUAAAGCCGGAACUUUUAAGAAGGCGUGUCAUCCUUGUAUAGCACAGGGGAGCACAUUGGAAUAGCAUCAUCCAGCAGAAUGGCAGCUCCGUCUCAGUAUAUCCUCCCCAAUGAUCUGCCCGUCGCCCUGCUUGAUUGCGAGGAGGCUUUCUCACUUCUGUCUGCAGAAGAAAAGCUUUACACCCAUUUUCUGUCUCGGGCAUCAUUUUACGGUGGUUUGAUUGUACUGUUCCAGACAUCGCCUGAAUCUCCAGCCAUAUACAUUUUACUGAACAGGCUUUUCCGGGCUCAAGAGCCUUCAGUACUGCAUGACGUAGCUCUGUUGCAGGAAAUAACAGAGGAUGAGUACCAGGCUCUAUUAGUUUACACUGCUGGAUUUUUCGCCAACGUGGGGAACUACAAAUCUUUUGGGGAUACGAAGUUUGUCCCUAACAUUCCCAAGGAGAAAUUAGAGAAGUUAGUACGUGCAAGUGAGGCUUUUGCUAAGGACCCAGAGGGAAUCGAGGCACUGUGGAAAAUGGUUGAAACUCACAUGUAUUCGCUGGAACCACGAGAAAGGCAGCUAGGACUAGGGGAUCAAGGAAUUAGCACUUAUUUCUCUGCAAAUUGCACUUUGGAAGAUGCAGAAUUGAUCCAGAGGUUCCUGGACACAAAGAAUCUUAGCGCCUACAACACUCGACUAUUUAAAACUCAGGAUGAAGGUGGCAGGGCAAAGUAUGAGGUUCGACUUGCUUCCGUCAGCAAAGAAGGAACCGCUGCUGAUUCGUCUGAUCUAUCACACUCCUUGGGACCGUUUGACUUUGAAGGCCAUGAGAUCCUUGUCACAAGAGGAGAUUACUCCCCCUUACUACUUCGAGUGAGGGAAAACCUGGAGAAGGCAAAGGCUUAUGCUGCCAAUGACAACCAGCGGAGGAUGCUAGAGGAGUAUGGACGAAGUUUUCAGGAAGGAUCCAUCCAAGCUCAUAAAGAAGGAUCCAAACAUUGGGUACAAGACAAAGGACCAAUAGUUGAGAGUUACAUUGGAUUCAUCGAGAGCUAUAGAGACCCAUUUGGUUCCCGUGGAGAAUUUGAAGGCUUUGUUGCAGUGGUGAACAAAUUAGUGAGUGCUCGCUUUACUCAGCUGGUCUGUGCAGCAGAGAAGCUUGUGGCAUCACUCCCGUGGCCAUCUUCCUUUGAAAAGGAUGCUUUCCUCCGGCCAGACUUCACUUCCUUGGACGUAGUAACAUUCAGUGGGAGCGGCAUCCCAGCUGGGAUCAACAUACCAAACUAUGAUGACAUCAGACAAAGUGUUGGAUUUAAAAAUGUUUCUUUGGGGAAUGUUCUGUCAGUUGGAUCAGCUACUGAGCGUGAGAAACUGACAUUUUUAUCUGAGGAAGACAAGGAUGUUUUUAUAAAAUAUCGUGGGCCAUCUUUUGAAGUUCAAGUUGGCCUACACGAGUUACUAGGCCAUGGCAGCGGGAAGCUUUUUGUUCAGGACAAGAAAGGAACCUUCAACUUUGAUAAUAAAAACAUUAUUAACCCUGAGACUGGAGAGCUGGUGAAAAGUUGGUACAAACCAGGGGAAACUUGGGACAGUAAAUUCUCCACCAUUGCCUCCACUUAUGAAGAGUGCAGAGCGGAGUGUGUUGGAUUGUACCUGUGCGUCAAUGAGGAAGUGCUGCGGAUAUUUGGCCAUGAAGCUCAGGAAGCACAGGAUGUUUUGUAUGUAAACUGGCUGAACAUGGUCCGAGCAGGAUUGAUGGGAUUGGAGUUCUAUACACCAGAGACUGGCCGCUGGAGGCAGGCUCAUAUGCAGGCUCGUUUUGUCAUUCUUCAAGUCCUCCUAGAGGCUAAAGAAAACUUUGUCACCGUCACACAAAAAGUUGGAGCUGACGGACGCCCAGAUGCACAGGUGUCACUAGACAGGAACAAGAUUCUGAGUGUGGGCCGACCAGCAAUCCAGCGCUUCUUACAGCGGUUGCAGGUAUAUAAAUCUACAGCAGAUGUAGAAAGGGCUCGUGAGAUGUAUGAUGGCUACUCUAAAGUUACAGACUCUGAGCCAUACAGGUUUCUUACCCUGCGUGACAUCGUCAUACUGAGAAAAGAGGAACGUAAAUCUUUUGUACAGAUAAAUACUCGAGUGACAGGUGAUAAUGUGGACGUAUUGCGCUAUGACAGCAGUCCUUCAGGUCUGAUCCUCUCUGUCCUAGAGAGAUUCCCUGACGACGAAGAGGAGCUAGAGCGGGAAAUGCUGGACCUGAGCUGUGCAGAUGCCCACUUCUGGGGGACACAGAAUAGUAGAUGAGUAGCAGGAUACAGGGCAACAUACUGCAGAGCUGUGCUGUUGAAGAGGUCAUAAAGCAAUACUCUGCAGAUUAGGGUGUAAUACGCAAGCUGUGCAGGGAAUAGGUUUUAGAGUAAUCAUUUGCAGUAGUGAAAGAGAACAAUGAUUCAAAGCAGAAGAGUCCAGAAGGAGAGUAGUGCUCUGAAGAAUCGCUCACAGGAUGAUGGGCAGUGAAUUGUCACUAUGUAUGAUUGUCAGUAGGACAGUGUACUCAGAACACAUGGUUAGGUUGCUGGUUCAUGUUGCUCUCAAGGGUUCCAUGAUGAUGACUAAAUCUGGACAUAUGUAAAAUAAAAAAUGAUUUUACCAAA